AUGAUUCAUAAACAUGCCUUUGAAGCAUUGGAUAGAACCUUAAAAGAUAUAUUGAUGCCUGAUUGUUCAAAUAGCGAAGCUUUACCAUUUGGAGGAAAGGUAAUUGUAUUUGGUGGUGACUUUAGACAGAUUCUUCCUGUUGUUCCUAAUGGCUCUAGACAGGAUAUCGUGAAUGCUUCUCUGAGUUCGUCAUAUAUAUGGAAUAAAUGCAAGUUACUUAGGCUAACAAAAAACAUGAGGCUUACUGUUGGCAUGAAUCAUGGUGAUAUUGACAAGACAAAAGAGUUUGCUAAAUGGCUUUUGGAUAUUGGCGAGGGAAAACUUGGUGGUCGCAACGACGGAGAAGCUCUUAUUGAUAUACCUCAAGAACUGUUGAUUACUGAGUCCACUAACCCUAUUGGUAAUCUGAUCAACUUUGUGUAUCCGUCAAUACUUGAAUCGUUCAAUGAUCCAAAUUAUUUCCAGGAAAGAGCCAUACUUGCUCCUAAGAACGACGUUGUUCACGAGAUAAAUGAUACCUUAUUAGCAAUGUUUCCUGGUGAUCAUAAAGAGUAUCUAAGUUCAGAUUCCAUCUGCCAAUCGGAGAAUGUAACUGACCAUAUUCGACACAAUGUUUACCCCCCCGAUGUUCUAAAUGGUCUUAAGGUUUCAGGAAUGCCGAAUCAUAAAUUGGUUUUAAAAGUUGGUGUUCCUAUCAUGCUGUUACGUAACCUUGAUCAGAAAAACGGUCUGUGCAAUGGUACAAGAUUACAAGUUGUAAAACUUGGUGAUCGGAUUAUUGAAGCCAAAGUGAUUUCUGGUAAUAAUAUUGGUACUAGAACUUUUAUACCAAGGAUCAAUCUUUCCCCCUCUGACAAACGAAUACCUUUCAAGCUACAAAGAAGGCAAUUCCCGAUAGCUGUGUGUUUUGCAAUGACGAUAAAUAAAAGUCAGGGACAGUCUUUAUCUAAGGUUGGUUUGUUUCUAAAGCAGCCUGUUUUCACUCACGGACAACUAUAUGUUGCAGUUUCAAGAGUCAAAAGCAUUGAUGGUUUAAGGAUGUUAAUAUUAGAUGUUGAGGGAAACGUUACUAAUAAGACUACAAAUGUUGUAUACAAAGAGAUAUUUUCAAAUUUAUAG